CGUUGUUCGGGGUUUUCUCUGUGAGCUUCUAUUUGGUGGAUUUUGGUUGUUAAUAAAAUUUACAAUUUGUAUUUUUGGAUUUAAUUUUUAAUAUAAAGAAAUCUUAAUACAAUUGUAAAGUUUUCAAAAUUUGAAGAAUUAAGUGCAGUCAAAAAAUAAUUUUAACAUUAAAAGUAAUAAAAAACGUGCUGAGUACUUUCGAUUAAAUAUAACCAAAAUCACAUCACGUCAUAAGACUUGAUUUAAUUAGUUCUGAAUUUUUUGCUUUAAUAAAUUACAAAGUACAUAGGACGUACACAUUGUUUUAAAACAAGAAGAUAAAAAUCAAAUUUUAAAAAAUUUUUUGAAUAUAUGGACGACGAAGUUAUUUCAGUUGACAGCGAAGACAGCAGAAUGGAUAUUGAAGGUAUCAUACCAAGGGAUAACAUCACAAAGCAAAAUAGUUUGAAGAGGAAAUCAAGUAUAGAUUCAUUACAAACACCACUGUCGUCGUCACCUUGGGGACAGCAGAAAGACCAUAAACUUGCUCGUUUGAAAAUAGAUUCUAACUCAAGUCUUGCUGAAGAAAAGAAAAAUCAAGGAAAUGACCAAUAUAAAGCUCAAAAUUAUCAAACUGCAUUGAGAUUAUAUUCGGAAGCUAUAAGAUUAUGCCCGGACACAGCCGCUUAUUAUGGCAAUCGUUCAGCUUGUCAUAUUAUGUUAAAUGAUUAUAAAGCAGCAUUAUCUGAUGCAAGAAAUUCAAUAUCACUUGAUGAUAAAUUUGAAAAGGGUUAUAUAAGAACAGCAAAAUGUUGUUUAGCAUUAGGUGAUUAUAUUGGUACUGAACAAGCUAUUAAAAAAUUUUCAGAAAUCUAUGAAAAUAACAAUUCAUUGAAAACAGAAGAAGUUAAUUGCGGUCAUUUAAGAAAUUUUGAAGAGAAAAUUUCACAAAAUUAUGCAAAGAAAAAUUUUCGUACUGCUUUAUUCUUUUUAGAUUCAGCUUUGAAAAUAUCACCAGCAUGUAUUAAAUAUAAGAUAUCAAAAGCUGAAUGUUUAACAUAUUUGGGACGUUUAGAUGAAGCAGCUGAUAUUGCUGUAACAGCAAUGAAAUGUGAUUCAACAUCAGCUGAUGCUAUUUAUGUACGUGGUUUAAUAUUGUAUUAUCAAGAUAAUUUUGAUAAAGCAAUAUCACAUUUUGAACGAACAUUACAAUUGGAUCCAGAUCAUAAAAAUGCAAAGGAAAUGCGUACAAAAUUAAAAAAAUUAAAAGAUAAAAAAGAAUUGGGUAAAAAUGCAUUUAAAGCUGGUAAAUUUCGUGAAGCAUUACAAUUAUAUACAGAGGCAUUGGAAAUUGAUCCAUCAAAUAAUAAUAUGAAUUGUAAAUUAUAUUAUAAUAGAGCAUUAGUUAAUUCUAAAAUAAAUAAUUUACGUGAUUCAAUUGUUGAUUGUACUCAAGUAUUAGAUAUUGAUUCACAAUAUUUAAAAGCUAUACUCUUACGUGCCAGAUGUUAUAGUGAAUUGGAAAAAUAUGAAGAAUGUGUUAAAGAUUAUGAGGCUGCUUUAAAAAUACAAAAAACACAAGAAAUUAAAAAUUUAUUAAAAAAUGCUAAAUUUGCAUUAAAAAAAUCAAAACAAAAGGAUUAUUAUAAAAUAUUGGGUGUUAGUAAGAAUGCAUCAGAUGAUGAAAUUAAAAAAGCAUAUAGAAAAAAAGCACUUAUACAUCAUCCAGAUCGUCAUGCUAAUUCAUCAGAAAUGGAUAAAAAAGAUCAAGAAAUUAAAUUUAAAGAGCUUGGCGAAGCAUAUUCUGUUUUAUCAGAUCCAAAAAAGAAAAUGCGAUAUGAUAGUGGACAAGAUAUGGAAGAAGAAACAACAGGUUUUGAUCCAAAUCAAAUGUUUCAAACAUUCUUCUUUACUAAUGGUGGUCCAGAAACUUAUAAUUUUCACUUCAAAUAAAUUCAACAUUUACGUCAUAUAAUUGAUAAAACGAAAAUAAAUAUGAAUUUUAUAUUAUGUAUACAUAUAUAUAUGUGAAUAAGUGUAUAUAAUUAUAUACAUAAAUAUUUAUAUAUAAUGUGUAAAAUUAGUGUUAAAUUAUUUGGUUCAAUUUUAUAGAAUCUUUAAAACAAUUUAAAAAUAAACAUUAAAUUAAAAUUAAAGGAAAAUUAAAAUUAAAGGAAAAUUAAAAUGAAAAAAAAAAAACUAUUAGAUUUUAGUGAGGAUUAAUAAAAAAUUCAGUGAUAAGAAGGGGUUUUUUUUUAAUGAUAAGCUUUUUCAAAAAUAAAAUAAAUAAAUACAAGAGCAAUAGUUAUAGAUUUGAUUAUAUUAAAGUGAAAAUCCUAAGUCAAUGGAUUCAAAUUUUUAAUAAUUUUGCUUUUCUUUUAAAAGGAUCAUUGUAUGAUAAAAACAAAAGAUUUAUGAUUAAAAAAAAAUUGGUCUCAAAGAAAGUAAUAUAAUAUUGAGUUUAAGUUAAAACAAAAAACACAAAAUAUUUUUUUUUAUUUAAACACAAAAUUAAUUUAAAAUUACUAUUUUAAAAUUAAAAUUAGUAAAUUUUCUGAAUAUUAAAGUAAAUUAUGCAAUAUAUCAAGUUUAAAAUCACUUUCCAUUUUUUGUUAAAUUCUAUAUUAUUUCAUCAAUUAAAAAUCUUUUUAGCUAAAUUUAACAAUAUAAGAAACCAGGAACUUUUAAUAUUUUGCAAAAAUUGGUUUUGUUCCAUAAACUGAAACUAAAUCACACAAAAAUCUAAUCGUAUUGUUUGUAGAUCAUAAAAAAAACUGUUAACUUUACUGAAAAGUUAUUAGAACUAUAAAAAUUAUUAAUUAAAAUUAAAUAUUUAAUGUCAAAGUAGAAAGAAAAGCUAAAUAAAUAAUUAUUAUACAUGAAUUUAAUUUUACAAAAAUUCUUGAACAUUUAUUAUAAAAUUAAAAAGUUAAAUUUCAAAUUUUGUACUUCAAUUGAUCUUGUUUUAAAACUUUAACUAAACAUUAUUUUAUUUUACUCAUAUUCAUAAUUGAUUCAAAAUACUUGUCACUUUUCUUUUUGAAAGUGAUUUCAAGAUAUUUUUGAAAAUAUUAACUUUCAAUACAACUCAAUAACAGAGUUAUUUUAAAACUUUCUAAACUAAAAAUUGUACAAGAAGUGAGUAAAACUUAAAAUGAGUAUUUAUGAAGAUGCAUAUUCUUUCAGUCACUGAGGUCGUAGGUUAUGAUUAUGUUUGAAUUAGAAAAGUAUUACUUCCUUUCAUGAUUUCGUGACUAACGCCUUGUGGAUGUUACCCUUUUUUUUGCGCUCGUAUUAAUAAAAAAUUUUAUUUUAUGUAUUUUUCAAUCAGUUUUAAUAAAAAACAGAUCAAUUUUGUAUGUAGCAUUUCUGUGAAGUUGUAACAUCCGAUUUUAUUUUUAUUCAAAAUUUUUUCUAUUAAUGUCAAGUGAUUUAGCUUUAAAGCAAUUACCGCAAUGAAGUGAUAUAAUUUAAAUUGUUUUUUAAUUUAAUGAUUGAAGGGAGCUUUUAGAUACUAUGCGUAAACACUCAUAUUCAUUUUAAAUGUAUGUAUUUAAAAAAUAUUUACACAUAAAAAUUGGGUUUUCAAAACAGUGACCUCUUCUGUUUUAUUCAUUUCAUUCAAAAGUGUUUAAGUAUAUAAUUUUUUGUUCGUUAAACUUGUUGUAAAAAACUAUUAUAAAAAUAAUUUUUUAUAUUAAUAUUGUAAAACAAAAGAAAAUUACAACUUUUUUUAAUUAAAAAUAUAAAAAAUACCUACCUAUUGAUCACUGAUUGCUACAGAUUUUGAUAAUUAAAUUAGUUGCAUAAUUUUCUAAGUUUUAUAAUUUUUUAAUUUGAUAAAGUAAUAUUCUUACUAUACAAUUUAAUUUUUAUAAACCUACAUAAAAAUUACAUAUACUUACUAAAGAAAUAAAAGAUAGUCAAAAUUAGUAUGUUAAACACAAUAAAUGAAUAUGUAUAAGAUAUUUAUAAAAAAUAAUUUUUUGAAUUAAAAAUAAAAGAAAUAAUUAAUAACAUAUUAAUUUGAAUGAAAUUACAUGAAAUUCUAGAAUAGCUAAAUUCAAAUUGAUUUGAAACGCUAUUGAAUAAUUGCAGGGUUUUUAUUUAUAAUUAAAUUUCUUAAUUACAUUCCCAAUAAAUAAAAAAAAAUUAAAGUAUGUUUUUAAAAAUAAAAUAAUACAAUUGAAUUUUUUAAAAAUUAAUUUUAAUUUUUAAUUAUUUAACAAUUAAUUGAUAUAAGUAUCCACAUUCUGUUAGUUGCAACACUUGACAUAAGGGGUUGUUAUUCUAAAAAUUUUAUAAUUUUCUAAAUAAAAUCAAUUUCGAAACUUGAAAUUCAAUAAUGAAAAACAACAAAUUUUUUAACAAUAUCCCAUUACCUCAAGUGAUACGACUAACAGAAUAUGGAUAAUAAUUUACUUGAGAAAGAAGAAUUUCAUUUUACUAUCUUAUAUCCACAUUUUCUUUUUUUUUAACUCUGCAGAAUAUUUCGUAAAAUAUAUGUAAUUAUGUAAAUAUCUAGAACAAUAAUGUAAUGGAAAUAAUUUUUAUUAUUUAAAUACAAUUAUUUAAUCCCUUUUAAUUAAUAAUUUCUAUUGAGAAUAUUGAAAUAUAUUAUUGAGAAUUUUCAGCGCUUUCGGUUAUUUUUGUUUUUUUUUUUUUAUAUAGCAGCUGUGGGAUAAAAAACUUUAAAACCAAAAUACGAUAUGAAAUAGAAAUUCAAAUUAAAUUAAACUUAAAAUUUAAUAUUCUUAACAAGAUUUAAAAUAAAAAAAAAACUGAUUAAAGAAAUAUUUACAUUAUAAAUUUCAAAAAUAAAUAAAAAUAUGUAAUAUGUAACUAUGUAUUAAAUGGAAGUAAACUACAAUAAAUAAAUAUUAAAAAAUAA